CUGUCUUCCUGGGGUAUUGAUUCUAAUGAAGCAUUCCAUAAGUGGGUGAAAACGUGCUCAAAUUCCAGCGUUCCCCAGUUCGAUCGCUUCUGUGAUAUCGAAGAAUCGGUGCAGGCUAUAGCACCCGUGGAAUCCUGUGAAUCCUCCUGUAUCACUAUAUUCGAGCCACAAUAUUUCGGAGGGCUACGAUCUCCUCAUCGCCCUUAUCUCUUCUUACGAGGAUGUUCAUCAAGACUUCUAUCUGCAAUGGAAUCACCACCACGUGAAAUAGAUUUUCUCCACCGGGCCGCCAUCUGUGUAAGCCUGCCAUUAUCACAGAUUUACCCGAAGGUUUACACGAACGAGGUGGUUGAGGUUGGUGGCUAUUCAUUCGCAUCUUUCCUUUUAUCUUAUGUAGCAAAAUUUUCAACAAAGAACCUUAUGAGAAAUUAG